GCAAGGGGGAAAAGUGGGGCUGAGACUUGAGACUAAGAGGCGCCAAAGGUAGGAGAUCGACGACGACCACUUGACAUAGGUCAUUGGUGCUACGGUCUCUGAAAUUAUUAUUACAAUGGCGUUUUCAUCUCAUCCCUUUUUCUUCUUCUUUUUCCUUGUAUUGGGUUUUGCCUCCUCCACCACCUUCCUCUCUUAUGAUAUCUUCGAGUCAGGUGGAUCAUCCACUGGAGGACGUGCCCUUCUUCAGGCCCAAAAAAAUUGUCCUGUGAACUUUGAGAAUCAAAACUACACAAUCAUUACAAGCAAGUGCAAAGGACCAAACUACCCAGCAAAGAGCUGUUGUGAUGCUUUGAAGGAUUUUGCUUGUCCUUUUACCAAUGAAAUCAAUGACUUGAAAAAUGAUUGUGCUUCAACCAUGUUCAGCUACAUAAACAUCUACGGGAAGUACCCUCCCGGUCUGUUUGCAUCUCAAUGCCGCGAAGGGAAAGAAGGUCUCGCAUGCCCCGCUGAGGCACCGAAAUCUGAUCAGAAGAACAGCAGAAGUCACAUAUCAGCUACUCACUCCAUCAUGCUAGCACUAACUGCUACCUUGCUUGUAUUAUCAUCCUUUUAUAGGUUCUGAGUUGGUGUCAAGUCAAGUGUGAAAAAACCCUACCUGACUUGUAACCAUUCAAUUAACCCCCCUCCCCAUAAAUUUGUAUGCUUUGAACAUUUAUCUCUAAUUAUAAAACUGCCCAAAUAGUAUAAUUUUGUUA